AUAUUAUUUAUUAUUCAGAAUUUAAAUAUAUCUUGAUACAUAAGGUUCUGAAGAUUACUACUGUUAAGACUCCUGUCAAUUAUUCAGUUAUAUAUACCUUUAUUUGAAUUUUCAAUACAAAAUACAUUUUUUAUAAAUGAUAAUAUUAGUUCCACUUUAAUUUCACUUACUUUUUGAAUUUCUUCUAUGAUGCUUUUAGCUAGACAGUUUGAUAUUAAAAUUUCUAUAAAUUCAAGAACAAAAUUUUCCUUGUGUAUCUUAAUCCUUAACUUUAUAUUAAUUAUAGCUUUUUGUAUAACAAACACCUUGAUAUUUUAUUUUAUAUUCGAGGCAUCAUUAAUCCCAACAUUAAUAUUAAUUUUAGGCUGAGGAUACCAACCAGAACGGCUGCAAGCAGGAAUAUAUAUAAUAUUAUAUACUGUUAGAGCUUCACUUCCUCUUUUAUUAAUCCUUCUUUUUGCUAAUAAAUCUAUUUCAUGCUCCUCCAUCCUAUAUAACUUCAUUGUUCAGGUAAAAAUCUUUAAUGCUACAAGGUGAAGAUAUAUAUUUUUUAUUUUGUUUAGAUUUUUAGCUUUUUUAGUAAAACUCCCUGUUUUUUCAGUUCAUUUAUGAUUACCAAAAGCUCACGUAGAAGCCCCUGUAGCUGGCUCUAUAAUUCUUGCAGCUAUUCUUUUGAAAUUAGGGAGUUAUGGAAUCUUACGUAUUUAUCAAUAUUUAAAUCUUCAAUUCAGCUUUAGCCUUACUUUAUUUUCUGCUUUAGCCUUAUGAGGGGGUGUCUUAACUAGUAUUAUUUGUUUUCGACAAAUUGAUUUAAAAUCUUUAAUUGCCUAUUCAUCUAUUGGGCAUAUAUCCCUAGUUUUGGCUGGUUUAUUUUCUAAUAAUCCAUGAGGCUGAAUAGGGGCCCUUAUUAUAAUAAUUGCUCAUGGUUUUUGUUCCUCAGCUUUAUUUAUGUUAGCAAAUUGUGUUUAUGAAAAAACACACACACGAAGUCUUUAUAUAGUUAAAGGGUUAUUAUUAUCUUUACCUAUUUUAUCACUUUGAUGAUUUUUGUUUUCUGCUAUUAAUAUAGCUGUACCUCCUACUAUUAAUCUUUUAAGAGAGAUUAUAAUCUUCCCUGCCAUAAUAUUAUUCUUAAAAUAUUUAACUUUAUGCCUUAUUUUAAUGAGUUUUUUAGCUGCUGUAUAUAGAAUAUAUAUAUAUACAUUAACUCAACAUGGAGGAAAUCCUAAAUUUUUGGCUCCGUAUGGAACUUUUAACAGUGCCAAAUCCACUGUAUUAAUAUUACAUUGAAUUCCAUUAAAUUUUUUUAUUUUAAAAACAGAACUAUUUUUAUUUGUAUAA